AAGGGAGAAAGAAGAGUCAAUAUGGAAAUAUUGCAAAGACAAAGUGGAUCAUGGGCAUCAUACAUUGAACUGUAGUCACCAAAAUCUUAAAUUCAUACCUAGGAUCACAGAUAAAAUAGAUACUUUGAUUUUCAGUUUCAAUCAUUUAACCAAUAUCUCACAGGAAAACUUUGUUAACAUCAGCUAUCCGUUGCUGAUUUAUGCGCUGUAUAUUGAUAAUAAUAGCGUAAGGAGCAUUUCAAGUAACGCUCUAGACGUGUUUCCUAAUUUGCGUUUGUUAGUUUUGUCAUACAAUCAAAUAUACUUUGACAAUUUAAAACAUUUGCUAGGUUCAUUAUCUUCUAAAAGAUAUUUGAUGCGCUUGGAAAUAACUGCAAUCAGCACAGUCACCCUCAACGAAGAUUUAUUUUCAUUAAUGAAAGAAAAUCACAUCAAAACACUCGUGGCUACAAAUUAUUUUACUGACACUCUGGAUAUGAAAAUAUUCAAGAAUUUUAAUCAGCUAGAGACUCUAUAUAUCACAAAUAAUCACAUUUCAGAAGUUAUAUUAUCCAAAAAAAAAAUAUCUACAUAAGUUGAUGAUUGGUAGAAAUAACUUGAGAGCACUCCCGGACUUCAGAAUCAACGGCAACGCAUCAAACUGUUUCUUUCCACAACUUGAGUUACUAAGUGUAAAAGAUAAUGACAUACAAGAAAUAAAAUCUGAAUAUCUUAAAUGUCUAAUAUCUUUAAGACUCCUAACCCUCAAUGGAAAUAUAAUAACAUUAUUACCGAACAAUUUCUUGUCAGCUUUGUUGAAUAUCAAUACAGUACAAAUAAUAAUUCCAGGAACGAGAUCUUUGAAAGUCGAACCAUUUGCCUUUAACUCGUCCUCGCUCGUGUCACUUUCACUACAAUAUCGUUAUUCUGCUUUGACCAUUUUCCAGUCCUUGAAUAAUACCUUUAAGUUUUUACCGAAACUCAGAAAAUUGAUAAUAGAAGACAUUUCAAUGUUGCGGUUAACCAACCAAGAUAUUAUUGGAUUAUUUUCGCCGCUUCAUAACUUGCGAGAACUGCGUUGUUUUAGCUGUAAGAUAUCAUGGGAUCCCAAAAUUAUCUUGAAUCUAAUGAAACAUUUGGACACUGUUAACUUUCAAUCAAAUUUGAUAUCAAAAUUAAGUAGUGAAACAUUCAAAGAUAACAAGAAUCUGAGAAAGCUGGAUCUACGGUAUAACCAACUUGGACAUAUAGAUUCUACAGCUUUACCGAUUUCACUUCUAAAUAAGUUGCGCCAUUUAGACAUCAGCAAGAAUCCAUUUGUUUGUGACUGUAACCUGGAAUGGUUUAUUGCUUGGUUGCAAUCAACACACAAACCUGGAACGAUUGCAAGAUACCCAAAGGAAUAUAUAUGCCACCUUCCAAAUGAAAAGUCAAGAAGGCGACUCUCUGGUGUAUCUUUUACGUAUAGAGAAUGUCAUCCUUGGAACACGUGGAUUUGGGUCGCUAUCAUUGCAUCACCUUGUGUUAUUGUUAUUUGCAUUAUCAUCAUAGUUGUAUAUAGGAAUCGAUGGAACAUUAAACAUUAUAUCUAUUUAAUGCGAAAAAGACGAAACUACCAGGUUAUUGAUGGAAAUGAUUUUGUAUAUGACGCUUUUGUUGGUUAUGAAUCGGAGGAUUCAGCCUGGGUACGCCGUCGACUGUUACCAGUACUAGAGGAAGAAAUUGGCCUGAAAUUAUGCAUUCAUGAGAGAGAUUUUCAGCCUGGUGUGUUUAUAAACGACAAUAUUGUCACAAAUAUGGACAAAAGUAGAAAAGUAUUACUUGUUCUUACCAAUGCCUUUGCACGAAGCGGAUGGUGCAUGUUUGAAUUAAAAAUUGCACAUUCUAAACUGAUCGAAGAUGAAACAGAAUUAGUGGUCAUUUUGUUGGAGAAAAUUGAUGGAAGAAAUAUGAAUCAUUCUUUGAAAUGCCUAUUUGAUACAACAACGUACAUUGAAUGGACAGAGGAUUUGGUUGGUCAGGAGUUGUUUUGGGAGCAAUUGAAAACUGUUCUUGUGAAAUGAUUGCGUAACAAAGUAUAAUAGCCACUGUAUGUUGGACAUUGAUCUUAUUAAUUAAGAAGUAUAGUGAGAAGAUAUUUCUUUCGUUUGAGUGAAAUAUGGAAUCUAUUUUCACGAAACAUGAGAAAAGUCCAUAUUUUUUCACGAGCCGUAGUCGUCAAAGUAUAUUUGACUAAUAUAUGGGGUAAAAUUAAAUAAUUGAAGAUAUUUAUAAAUUAUCAUUUUCUGCGGUUUUAUAUUUAUCUUUAAAAAUGAAAACAUUAAGAUUACCUUUGAUGGCAAACAUUUGAAAAAUCAUAGUUUAUGAUUAGAAUAAAGAGGGGUCAUAUACAUUAAACUUACAAAAUAUCAUGCCCUGCUACCCUUUUACGUCGUUUUACUAGCCUGUGUUUAGAUAUUAAACAAAGAAAAUUAUCUAUGAAAUCAGUGAUGUCAACAAAAUUCUAACAUUUUUACGAAACACAGUUUUACAUGAUCCAAUGUCAAUCAGCCACCAUGAAACAACAUAGUAGCAAUUGCAAUUUGGGUAAAUAUACCAAAGUGUUUUAUCAAAACGAUGUCGCUGUUUUUUAAGAAGAUUUUUUAUAUGAUAUGACAGAAUGGGUGAGAACAUGACCUGGAAAUUUGCACACAAACUGUCUGACCAGACCUACGUCAAAUGAUACACAAAUCUCAGACAUAUAUUUCCAGUCGCGUCCUGUCAAAAGACCUCUGUGGACUCAUUUUUAUAUUUCUUUUUUAUUAUAUAUAUAAUUUGUUUCACACUUUAUCUAUUUUAUCAUUUUUUUUCUUAUUUUUUGUUUGUUUUAUAUGUUUAGCAUAAAUAUGAUAUUUUUGUAAAUAUGUGAGUCAAUCACAACAUUGUAAAUAUUUAUUAUGAUUCCUAUUAGCUAUAUAUUGAAUAAGUGUACGUACCUAAAUUGAAUGAUCUAUAUCAUCAGUGAAUUACCGCUUAUAAUUUACAAAUAAAAGUUACAAUGUUA